AUGGCUGCUGUGACUCCAGAACAACUGCUCCUAGGUGAACUGACUUGUUUGGUGUGUCUAGAUUAUUUUAAAGACCCAGUGUCUCUACCUUGCGGGCACCAUUUCUGCCAGGCCUGCAUCGCUCAGUGCUGGAAGCGAUUGCGUAUAAAGUUCCCCUGUCCUGAGUGCAAAGAAAUCUUUUCCCAGAGAAGCUUCAAACCAAACAGACAGCUGAGGAAUAUCGUAGAAGCUUCCAGAAAGCUUACACAGGAGCCAGCAAAAGAACCAGAAGUUGGGACAGUGUGUGAAAAACACCAGAGGGCUUUAGAUGUCUUCUGCCAAGAGGAUCAAACGCCCAUUUGUGUGGUUUGCCACCUGUCCGGAGAUCACAAAGAACAUGCUGCAGUUGUCAUAGAGGAGGCUGCUGAGGAUUACAAGAACCAAAUUCGGAGCCGUUUGGAGAGUUUGAAGAAAGAGAGAGAAGAGAUUCUGUCAUUUAAACUGAGUGGGGAAGAUAAAAGCCAGGAACUGCUGCAACAGCUAAAAACUGGGAGGCAGAAAAUUGUGUCUGAAUUUCAGCAACUGUACCAGUUUUUGGAGGAACAAGAGCGAUUCCUGCUGGCCCAGUUGGAAGAGCUAAAUCAGGAAAUUGGAAAGAGGAGGGCUGAGUAUGUUGCCAAAUUAUCUGAGGAAAUAUCUUCUUUCAGUUCCUUGAUCAGUGAGAUGGAGCAGAAGAGCCAGCAGCCAGCGAGUGAAUUCCUGCAGGACAUCAAAGGCACCUUGAGCAGAUGCGAGAGGGAGAAGUUUCAGAACCCAGAGGCCUUCUCUUCUGAACUGAAAUGGAGAAUCUGGGAAUCGUCUCAAAGAAAUGCAUCUCUGGAGACCAUAAUGAAGAAAUUCAAAGACUCACUGUCGUCUAGAGAGCGGUUGGACAAAGCGAACGUGACCCUGGAUCCAGACACGGCCCAUCCCCGACUCAUCCUGUCUGCGGAUCGGAAAGGUGUGAGAUGGGGAAGACACACAAGGCAGGAUCUGCCCGACAACCCUGAGAGAUUUGACAGUUUGCGCUGUGUGCUGGGCUCUGAAGGAUUCACCUCUGGCAGACAUUAUUGGGAAGUGGGGAUGGAGGCGGGGGGAGUCUGGGGCAUGGGGGUGGCCAGAGAGUCUGUGAGCAGGAAGGGACGGAUCAGCUUUACCCCUGAGCAGGGGAUCUGGGCUGUGUGGUGCUGGGAGGAUCAGUACUGGGCUCCCACGUCCCCUGCGAAGAGCAUCCUCUUUUCCCCGAGCUGGGGACCCCGCAGGAUCCAGGUUUAUCUGGACUAUGAAGGGGGGCGGGUGGCGUUUUUUGAUGCUGGUACCGGGGACCCGAUGGUCACUUUCCCACCGGCCUCUUUCGCCGGGGAGAGAAUCCGCCCGAUCUUCUGGCCUGGUUCUAAUGUGCAGCUCACCCUGUGUCCCUGAGGUGCCCUGUCUGUGCCCACGAAACAGGCUCCUUUAGCCCCCCGCCCCCCGAUCUCUGUGACCUGGAGGACUCAGCCAGGCUGCCCCACACAGACAGGGCUGAAGGGGGCUGAUGCUCUACCCAUAGCUCUGUGGCUGUAGAGGUCUGUGGGAGGCUCUAGGCUGGGUCUCUGUGCUCCUAGGAGGCCAACUGGGGGGCGGUCCCACUAAGGAA